CCCGUUUUUGAGUUAAUGCUGGGUGACUCUUGUACAGAUUUAUCACAUUUAUGUAAAUGUCACACAGGUAUGAAGUGUGGAUCUUUAUGCAUCAUGGAGUGUACAGGAGGGUUGUGCUCACUGACCAUGACAAAGUACAAGAGGUGAAUUCAGCAGGAGAUCCUGUCUCUGAAUCAAAGAAUGAAGAGCACUCUACAGACCAUCCUGUAAAGGAAUCACCAAAGAUAUCGCUUCAAGAGGUGAACAAGAAGUUUGUGCUCCACUUUCUUUGUGCUCAUGGCCUCCUGUACUCAAGAAUUGGCCUGGAAAGGUUGCCUACAUUACAGUACCAACUGAUAGGCGAGUUGCACACAUUGUUAGAGUACCCAUCAUGCUCUGCAAUAAGCAGGUCAAACCUUUUGCAGAUGAUGGCUAUCAGCAUGUUUGCUAUUGACAACACUGCAGCACAAGAUGCAACAGAACAGUAUGUCAGAGUGGGUACACCCCAGGACCAAGCCAUGAAUCUGGCUGUUGAGAUGUUUAUUUUGCUGCUUAAAACCUGCUGUACUCUGCUACAGGGUAUAGACUUUGAGGUGAAGAACACUUGCAAAGGCCUGAGUGCACCCUUAAGACAGUUUCUACCUGCCAUUAAAGUGUUUGCUGACUGGCUGGUGUGCCGUGUUGAUCUGUGGCAAGUGUCCUCUAUUAGUACCCAUAGAAAUCUUUGGGAAUCGGUGAGCCAGUUCACAAAUGCUAUAGCCUAUGUGGAUAUUGACAAUGUUCAGGAUGAGGAUGGUAAUGAGAUAGUAACCCUUUGGGAAGAUGAAUUUCUUGCUGGAUUUAAGCCAUUGAACAAAGCCACCAGACAAAUGUGUAAAGUUUCUGAUGUACAGAACAAGAACCUGGCUGAGGACUAUCUCCGUUGCCAGUGUCUGAAGGGUUUUGCUGUUUUUCUGGUCUCCUUGGAAAACCCUCCUUUAGAAUUUGAUGAUGAGAAGGGAGAGUUCUCUGCAAUGAUAAAGAGCACUCCAGUGUCACCUGUUAAGGGGUCAGCAGACUCAGUCACAGUUCACUUGGACACAUCACGACAUGACGAACAUGAGGAAUCAGAUGAUGAAGGUGAUGUGAUUAUUGAGAGCGAAGGUGAAGAGCUGGAUUCAGGUGAUGAGGUGGAAAAAGACGUAAAGGAACUCAAGGCCAAGAAAGAUGCCCUAAAAAAACAAGCGGAAGAUCACAAGGAGAGAGAGGAUAAAGCUAAAGCUGUAAUAGAGGAGCACGUUUCUAAGCCACGUUUAAUGUUCGAGAACUAUCCAGCAUACCUGGUGCCUGAUACCAACUGUUUUGUGGAUCAUUUGGAUGGACUCAGGGCUAUUGUAGCCUGUCAGGCUUUCACUCUUGUUGUGCCUCUCAUAGUGAUCAAUGAACUUGACGGUUUGAAGAAAGAUUUCCAGCCGUACAAAUACAACAAUCUACAGCAUGCCCAGUACGUUCUGGAGAAUGCCAGGUCUGCAAUUGACUUUCUUGAGAACGAGUUCAGUCAGAGAAACCCUCAGGUAAAAACAGUCACCAGCAAGGGCACUGAACUAGAUACCAUAGCAUUCAGAAGUGAAGAUCCUUCAGGAAGGAAGGGUAAGAGCUGCAAUGAUGACAUCAUCCUUUCAUGUUGUUUGCACUAUUGUGAAGAAAACUUUGUAAACCGAUUGGCCACAGAAAACAAGCCAAUAACUAUCCAGAGGAAAGUUGUUUUGAUGACAAAUGACAGGAACCUCAGAGUGAAAGCGUACACCAGAAAUGUUCCUGUGCUAACAGUACCACAGUUUAGGAAAAUGGCCAGGCUGUGAGAAGAGCUGCAGCUAUGAAGGGACCUGGGUCCCGUAACCAACAUACGGCAUCAUCAGGUCGGAAAAUAAAUAUGGCACAAUAACAGCUGCUAUCAGGGAAAAGAAGCUGAUUCCUGACUACUGAUUGGAAAGCCAAAUUUCGGUGCCUAUCAAGACAACAUCUGUGAAGGACGAAUUGUACAGGAGAGGACUUAUCGACACCUGCAUAUAUGCAUGGUUUAAAAAAUGCUGCUACAGGACAAACGCCGCUUUAUGAAACAAGAUUAUUUUACAUAUAACAUUAUUUGGUCAUUUUAAGCCUUGUAAAUGAUAGAGAAAGGUGAAAUACAUUGCUGUCCAGUAGAUAUUUA